AUGGAGGCGAAGGGCCUGGACCCGUCCCAGACGGACCUCAAGUUAGUGGCCCACCCGCGCGCCAAAAGCAAAGUGUGGAAGUACUUCGGCUUUGACACGAACGCCGAGGGAUGCAUCCUGCAGUGGAAAAAGAUAUACUGUCGCAUCUGCAUGGCUCAGAUUGCCUACUCCGGGAACACCUCCAACCUGUCCUACCACCUGGAGAAGAACCACCCCGACGAGUUCUGCGAGUUCGUCAAGAGCAACACGGAGCAGAUGCGCGAGGCCUUCGCCACCGCCUUCUCCAAGCUGAAGCCCGAGGCCUCCCAGCUGGCCCCGCAGGACACGCUGGCCGCCAAGGCUGGCCACGGCCAUGAGAGCAAGCGGCAGCAGGAGCUCACGGCCGCCGUGCUCGGCCUCAUCUGUGAGGGCCUGUACCCCGCCUCCAUCGUGGACGAGCCCACCUUCAAGGUGCUGCUGAAGACGGCCGACCCCAGGUACGAGCUGCCCAGCAGGAAGUUCGUGUGCAGCAAGGCCAUCCCCGAGAAGUACGGCGCCGUGCGCGAGGCCGUCCUCAAGGAGCUGGGCGACGCCUCCUGGUGCGGCAUCUCCACCGACAUGUGGAGGAGUGAGAACCAGAACCGGGCGUACGUGACGCUGGCCGCCCACUUCCUGGGCGGCGGGGCCCCCGGCUGCCUGUCCGUGGGCUCCCGCUGCCUGAAGACGUUCGAGGUCCCCGAGGACAACGCGGCCGAGUGCAUCACCCGGGUCCUGUACGAGGUCUUCAUCGAGUGGGGCAUCAGCAGCAAGGUGUUCGGGGCCACCACGGACGGCGGCAAGGACAUCGCCAAGGCGUGCUCCCUGCUGGACAUCUCGGUCCAGAUGCCCUGCCUGGGCCACACGUUCAACGCGGGCAUCCAGCGCGCCCUGCAGCUGCCCAAGCUGGCCGGGCUGCUCGGCCGCUGCUGCAAGCUGGUCGAGUACUUCCAGCAGUCCGCGGUGGCCAUGUACAUGCUCUACGAGAAGCAGAAGCAGCAGAAUGUGGCUCCCUGCAUGCUGGUCAGCAACCGUGUGUCCUGGUGGGGCAGCACGCUGGCCAUGCUCCAGCGCCUGAGGGAGCAGCAGUUCGUCAUCGCCGGCGUGCUGGUGGAGGACAGCAACAACCACCACCUGAUGCUGGAGGCGGCCGAGUGGGCCACCAUCGAGGGCCUGGUGGACCUGCUGCAGCCCUUCAAGCAGGUGGCCGAGAUGCUGUCCGCCUCCAAGUACCCCACCAUCAGCAUGGUGAAGCCCCUGCUGCACAUGCUGCUGAACACCACCCUCAACAUCAAGGAGACCGACUGCAAGGAGGUCAGCAUGGCCAAGGAGGUGAUAGCCAAGGAGCUGUCCAAGACCUACCAGGAGACGCCGGAGAUCGACAUGUUCCUCAACGUGGCCACCUUCCUGGACCCCCGCUACAAGCGUCUGCCCUUCCUGUCUGCCUUCGAGAGGCAGCAGGUGGAGAACAGGGUGGUGGAGGAGGCCAAGGGGCUUCUGGACAAGGUCAAGGAGGGCGGCUACCGGCCAGCGGAGGACAAGAUGUUCGCGCUGCCCGAGGAGCCCCCGGUCAAGAAGCUGGUGCUGGCAUCCACGCCGCCGCCCACGAGCGUCAUCAACAGCAUGCUGGCCGAGAUCUUCUGCCAGACAGGGGGUGCGGAGGACCAGGAAGAGUGGCACGCGCAGGUGGUCGAGGAGCUGAGCAACUUCAAGUCGCAGAAGGUGCUGGGUCUCAACGAGGACCCGCUCAAGUGGUGGUCCGACCGCCUGGCCCUGUUCCCCGUGCUGCCCAAGGUGCUGCAGAAAUAUUGGUGCGUGGCGGCUACCCGCGUCUUCCCGGAGCGGCUCUUCGGCUCGUCCGCCAACGUGGUCAGCGCCAAGAGGAACCGCCUGGCCCCCGCACACGUGGACGAGCAGGUCUUCCUGUACGAGAAUGCGCGCAGUGGCGCGGAGGCCGAGCCCGAGGACGAGGACGAGGGCGAGUGGGGCCUGAACCAUGAGCACAUGUUCCCCCUGGGCGACGCCGUGCACGCCGGCUUCUUUGGCAUCAGGGACAGCGGCUUCGUAUAG